CGAAAAAGUGCAAUUCUUGAAAAAGGCGGUAAAAGCCAGUUUAUAUCCUUACUUAUCGGCGUCUUUUAGAAAAAGUAGUAUUUUAAGUGCUUUCUGUGUAUUUAGAGAUAAUAUCCUAAUAAUAGCAAUCAUGACAACUCCCACGAAGCGCACAGUGUCGACCAAGAGGACUGACUACAUCAAAUGGGAGGAGUAUUUCAUGGGGAUCGCCUUCCUGGCGGCCAAGAGGAGCAAGGAUCCCACUUGCCAAGUCGGCGCGUGCAUUGUGGACACGGAGAAGAGGAUCGUGGGCAUCGGCUACAACGGCUUCCCCAACGGCUGCUCUGACGAUGACUUCCCCUGGUCGAAGGACUCACAGGAUCCCAGGGAGAACAAGUUCAUGUACGUGUGCCAUGCCGAGUUGAAUGCCAUCCUGAACAAGAACAGUGCCAGCAUCCGCGGAAGCACGAUGUAUGUGGCGCUGUUUCCCUGCAACGAGUGCGCCAAAGUCAUCAUCCAGUCCGGCAUCCGAGAGGUGGUGUUCGUGAGCGACAGACACCGGCACAGGGCCACAAAUCAAGCCUCCAAGGACAUGCUCAGGGCGGCCGGAGUGAAGUUCCGCAAGUUUGAGCCGGAAAACAAGCAAAUUGUGAUCGAUUUCAGCGAGAUUGACCGCAAGGACUACAGCCAACUGCCGAUAACACCGCACAAGGAGCACCUCCGGGAACCGAUCCUGGCAAAGAAGAGUGACGCAGACUGAUCUAGUU